AUGGUGCUGCAGAGGAGCUCUGUGCUCACACUGCUGCUCACAGUGAUUCACAAACUGAGGGGAGGCUCAUGCGGGGUUGCCCACUCCACCACAGGCCCAGCGGGGGCUCUUGGUUCGCCCCAUGCAGAUCUGCAGGGAGCAGUGGUGCACUCACUUCAACAGUUUAGUGCCGGAAUCCCAGGAAAAGGGCUGCGGGCUGCCCCAGGAAUGCCUCCAUACCACAGUCAAAGUUAA